CGUUAUGCGCGGUUUGUCUCUCAACUUAACUUAAACAAUUGCGACUCAUUUUCCCUUUUUCAAUUAGUGGAUAUUCUUGUUGGAAUUACCUACCUACGUAAUUGCUGAGCUGCCCAUUUAUUAUAAUAGGUACCUGGCAAUCCGUGUAACCGGAAAAGGCAAAAAUGGCAGAAUCUUCUCAAUCCCUCCGGAUCGGCUUCGUGCCGGAGCACUUCUCUACGCCGCUCCACUUCGCCCAGAAGUACUUCGGUCUCACAGCGACCUUGAUUCCGUUCCCCUCCGGAACGGGCCAUAUGAUUACGGCUAUCCGGUCCGGCGAGAUCGAUGUCGGCAUUGGGUUGACGGAAGCUUGGGUUGCGGGUCUUGGCAAGGAAGAUACGCCUGGUGAUGGCGGCUACCGCAUCGUCGGGACUUACGUGGAAACCCCUCUAGGCUGGGCGAUUUCGACCGGCGCAAAACGACCCGAGAUCACUUCCGUGUCCUCAUUGAAGGGAUCUAAGAUCGGGAUCUCACGCAUCGGCUCUGGCAGCCAAGUAAUGGGCUACGUACUAGCCGACCAGCAGGGCUGGUUGAAGCCUGGUGAAUCGCCGUACUCAGACUUCGUAGUGCUGCAUAACUUCGAGAACCUCCGGAAAGCGGUUAACGACGGCACAGCCGACUUCUUCAUGUGGGAGCAUUUCACGUCGAAGCGGUACUACGAUAGCGGGGAGAUCCGGCGCGUCGGGGAUAUCUACACGCCGUGGAGCAGCUGGAAGAUCGUGGCGUCGACGGCGCUGCUGCCGGAGCAAAACCCGGAUAAGCGACUCUUCGACCUGUUUAAGAAGCUCGAUAAGGGUAUUAACUACUUCGCCUCGCAUCAAGAUGAGGCAGUCAAGUAUAUCAGCACUGAGCUUGAUUAUUCGGAGGCAGAUGCGAGAGAGUGGCUACUCACGGUAGAGUUUGCUGCUAAGACAGAAGGCGUGGACUUGAAGGUCAUUCAGAGCUGUGUUAAUAUCUUGCGCAAGGCGGGAGUUUUGGCUGAGGGUAAGGGUUUACAGCCGGAGAGCAUGGUGGCUAAUGGGUUAGGCGCGCAAUUCCCGCUAUAAGUCCUACGGAAUUUUUAUAUACCUGAAAUAAGAAUACAAGGCCUUUGAAAAAGGGAGAGAUUAUAUCCCCUUAUUCUUAUUUGC